AUGAGCAACAUUCUCCUCGCAGCUGUAUAUGCCGCCCUCGUGGCCGGCGCCCCCUUUCCCAAGGCCGACCCUGUCUCCAUGCCUGGCUAUGGCAUUGAGCCCCCAACUGGCACUCUUCCUACUUCUGGUGCUGGUGGUGAGGGUGGCCUGCCAUUCCCUAUCCCAACUCCUGGGGCUGGUAGCUACGGGUCUGGUGGCUCUGGACUCGGCGGAGGCCUCGGCGGAGGCCUCGGCGGAGGCCUCGGCGGAGGCUUAGGCAGUGGACUUGGCGGUGGCCUCGGGUCCGGCUCCUUCCCCACGCCCCCGUCUGGUGGCCUGGGUGGCUCUCUUCCGGGUAUCGGUGGUGGAUCUCUUGGCGGUGGACUCGGCAGCGGCCUCCCGUUCCCCAUCCCCACGCCUGGCUCUGGCCUUGGAGGACUUGGUGGUGAAUCUGGCUCCGGUCUCGGUGGGCUGGCCUCUGGCCUUGGUGGCUUGGGUGGCCUGAGCGGCUUGGGCGGUAGCGGUUCCGGCGUCAUCCCUUCUGAAUCUUCUGGGUCCUACAGCGAUAGCGAGAAGCGCCAGCUCAGCGGCUUGGACGGACUGAGCGGACUGGGUGGACUUGGUGGAGGUUCGAGCAGCGGCUCCGGUCUGGGUGGUCUUUCUGGCCUGGGCUCCCUUCCCACGGGACUUUCCCUGCCGACUCCUGGCGCAUCUAGCGGUGCCGGUGGACUUGGAGGCCUCGGCUCUCUGGGAGGCAGCAGCGGUCUUGGAUCCCUUGGCUCACUUGGUGGAAGCAGCAGCUCCGGUAGCGGUAUUCCUGAUCUUGGAUCUCUCACGGGCGGCUCAAGUCUAACUGGUCGUCAAGAUUCUGGUACGUCUGGCCUCAGCGGACUCCUUAGUGGCUUGACGGGCGGAAGCUCAUCUGGCUCUUCUGCCCUAGGCGGUAUUUCCCUGGGCGGUUCUACUUCGAACGGCCUCGACGAGGCUUGCAAGGCGGCAACUCUCAUUUUCGCUCGCGGCACUACGGAGAUGGGAAACAUGGGAAGCGUCGUCGGCCCUGGCUUCGGCAACGCUCUUAAGGAGCAGCUUGGCCAAGACAAGGUCGCCAUCCAAGGUGUCGACUACGCUGCCGACGCGGGCGGUAUUGCCACUGAGAUUACCGGCGGUGCUGGUACCCAGGCCAUGGUUGCCGAUGUCCAGAAGGCGAUUCAGAAGUGCCCCGACACCCAGAUCAUCCUUUCCGGUUACUCUCAAGGAGCCAUGCUCGUACACAACACCAUGAGCAAGCUCAGCGCCGACCAGGCCAAGAGCAUCAAGGCUGCCGUUACCUUUGGCGAUCCCUUCAAGACCCAGGCUCUCAAAAACCUCCCUGAGGGUUCUUUCAGGACGUUCUGCGCCAGUGGCGAUGCUGUCUGCGGUGGCGGUUCUACCUCUGGUAGCUCCUCGUCUGCUUCUACUUCUGGCCACUUGGGCUACGGCAGUGACGCCGGCACUGCAGCCAAGUUUGUCAAGACCAAGGUUUCCGUCUAA